AUGGUCGCCCUUCCUUCAUUCUUCAGCUUUCCAUGGAGCUUGCCUCCACUCCCACCUAUAUCACUGCCCGCAAAUAUUCAAAGAAGAUUCCUCUCGUAUGUUCUCAAGAGGACGCUGGGUCGGUUCGUCAAGCCGGGUGGACUGGACGUAGAUCGGAUUCAGGCCCAGAUGAGUGAAGGUUGGGUAGAGAUUGAAGGAUUGGAGAUUGACGAGAAAGAGAUCAAUAAUCUUCUGCCACCGUCAAUACCCAUCACUCUGUCCUCUGGAAGUCUGUCAAAGAUCACUGCUCGGAUCCCAUUCCCAAAUCUCUGGUCGGCCCCUCUGUCCAUCUCCCUCGAUUCAUUGACAUUGGACUUUACCAUCUCGCUGAAUGAAUCGUCGAGCAAAGGAAAGAGUAGAGGCGUACCACCGACUUUAUCUCGCCUGGCGUCACCUGGCUUGGAUCUGACAUCAUCAGUGACCAACGCAGCCGAUGAGUUCUUACACGAAGAGCUCGAUGCGUAUCAAGAGGCCGAACUUGACAGAUCCAUUCGCCAGUCAUUGGUUCUAUCGCAGAACGACCCUUUCACAAGUGACGAGGGGUUACCGGGAUCUUUCCCUGCUGCUGCGGCUGCUGCUGCAGGGGCUGGACAAGCUUCUCAACCAGGACCGUCCGCGCCACCCACUAUGGAGAGCACGACUAUCCUCGCGGGAAUCAUUGAGCGUGUGUUGGCCAGACUCGACUUCAAAGUCGCCAAUAUCAAAAUUAGGCUGCAUCAUGCAGACCCGCAUCAUGGAGGUCUCUUCGAGCUCAGAGUUGGAGAAAUCAAGUACAUCGACGAGACAGCUCCAGGUGAAUCGACAAGAUCGACCGUCCGAGUAAUCAAAGUAUCUGGAUUGGAAAUAUGUACCUUGCCGCUGGCCAAAGGCUCAACAACGCCACCUGCCUCGGCUCCAGCUCGAUCCGUCUCAUUAUCAUUAUUUUCCAGAUCAUCCACCGGGUCCGACAGUACAGACGAGGAAGAUUCAAAUACGGAAAUGAUGAUGUCGCUCGCUGUCGCCGAUCUGAGACAGAGUGUGGCAGAGAGCGACGCCGGUGAAAGCGUGUACGAGGAUGCCUUGAGCGAGCAAGAAGACGGGCAGGACGAGACAGAGCAUGGAACCUCUAACAACGACAUCGAUCCAAUGGAAAGGUCUACAACGCCAAGGGGAUUCGACAUGGAGCCUAGCGAAAAGCCCGAGAUGCUUCUUUCGUUUGGCACUGAAGGAGUGACCAUUCGAAUGACGAAUUCACGCUCGAUACCUCCGCCAGCUACGUCCUCGACCGACAUCACCUCACCAUCGACACCCGCUUGUGCCGACAUUGAGAUCAUCAUGGGCACAAUAGCCAUCCUGCUCACCCCGGACAAGCUAGGCUCGAUAUUGUCAGCGGUCCAAAGCGUCCUCCCGCCGAGUACAGAGCGGGAGCCUGUUGCUCCCGUAAAGGCUAUCACUCAACCCCGACUAUCCAUCAAGCUUAAAUCAGAUCAUGUGAUUGCUGCGAUUGUCUAUGACAUGCAGCGAACACAAUCCGCCGAGAUCGAUAACGGCAUCAAGCGGUUCUGGUCUCAAGCGACUACAACCUAUCUACCAUUAGGACAUCUGAAACUUCGCAUAGACAACAUCAGAGCGGCUUACGAAACAUCCGCUCACAGCCCGGCCUACACAUCCCGGCAUGCGAAUCGUGCCGCCACAAGCGAUCCCAACUUGACCUUGUCCAUCGCUGACCUGUCCAUAUUCGAGUACCUUGCUUCGGCGCAGACUGACUCGGGCGCAAUGCCAGGAGGCAUCUUUCCGGUACUGAUAUUCGAUUCCGACCUGCAGAAACAGUACGAUCUCCCGUUGAAUCCAGUCACAGUCUCAUCUGUCGAUGACGGCUUGCCGGGAAUAGGCACCUCUGAAAAUACCUUCCCGAGCUAUGACACAGUUGAUUGGCGAGACGUUCAUCAUCAGCGUAAAGGAUCCAGCGAGAAGUUGUGGAAGGUCCGACCCAAAGGUCGUGGUGCGCUAAAGGUGGCUUCCACCGGCGAGGAGACCGGAUUCGCGGUUCAGAUCGAGCAGGAAUACUCUGGCUCAUCGGUCGUGAGACUGAGUUGCGUACACCUGUUUCUCGACCUCUCUUUGAUGGAACGCCUAUUGCCUAUGCUACGACAUAUUGCGCCAGCAACGAGACGGUCUCGAUCUCCGAUAGCCAGUCCGGUCUCGUCGGCACCUCGAGUGACCCGACCAAGGUCAUUACACGCUGUCAUGGAUGACCUGCACACACCACAAUCUACUGAAACGUCUCCGUCUGGCGUAAUUGCCGUCGUACGCUGUCCGGUCCUUCGCUGUGACGUCCGAUGUCCGGCACCUCCGAAGAAGCGUGGCACCUGGGGCGACAGCGGUAGCUUGAGAUCUGGCAUUGUCACCUUGGACGUUCAUGAUGUGACCGUCCAAGUAGGCAGCGGGCCACCUUCCCACGGAUCAACAGUCACACGUCACACUGCAGAGCCAGUUGCAAAUGUAGCCUGUAGAAAGGUUAUCGUGCUGUUCUGUCGGGCAUCUGAGAAACGCUCUGCUGCAUUCUUCGUUUUAGGUCCUUUGGCCUCUGAGACAGUCGAAGCUGCCCAAGACGUGGCUCUGCCAUUCAUCGAAAUCGCGCAAACUGAUGAAGUCGGCAAGACUCGAGACAUUAUGUGUCGUGUGCCCGCCAUUCAAUCUCAGAUUCGACAAUCAACGAUUGAAGGUUUACAAUUCUUCGCGGAUGACUUGACACACUGGCUCGAUGGAGCUUUCGGCGAUGGGUCGAGGCCGAAACCAAGGGAUGAGCUCAAGAUGAUCGGCAGUCGAUUCUUUGGUUCCAAAGGCUCAUCUUCAGCGUCGAGCUCUGUGGUGGAGGAUGUAGACGAACCUCGGAACGGCACCAAACUUCGAAUCAUGAUCAGCGAGUUUGAUACUCGGUUACAUGUACCGAGGAUUGAUGCUUCCGCCGAACCUGGUAUAUUCUCGUUGCGAGCCUCUGACAUUGAAACGAGAAUCGAGUCCAACGUGGCUGACCGCAAGGAGACUAACCUCACACUUUCUAUCAUGGACGCGGAAUUCUCGGACCGAUCUGACCUGUCGCGCUGUCGCCGAGUCUUCAGCCGAACCACCAAGCCGAGCUUGGCCAUGUCAACUCCUCCUAUUCUCCAUCUUCAUUUCUACACCAGUACGGAUAUCACGGAUACAAAAGAGACAGGCGUCAAAGUCUCCCUCUCGUCUUGUACGAUUCACGUCGAUGACAAUUUAUCAUGGACGGAAGACCUGGCGGCUUUCGCAAAGACCCCAGAAGGCGUCUUUGAAGAUGUCGAACCGUCUGAAAUCACCCGAAUCAGCGUCCUGCUCGGGGACGUUUCGGUUCUCGUCAAAGCUCCGAACGAGCUAGGGGCACUCGUAUUGGUCCUCAGCCAUGCGGCUGUCAAGACGGAUGUGAUCAGUGGUGCGGACGAGGGUGUGAUUGAGCUCGGGUUAUCAGGGUGUCACUUGAUGGCUAUCGAUAAUGUAGAGGCGGGGACAGCGUUGUCUGGCGGUCAAACGUCAUCAUUUGAGUCAUGGAAGCUUGCUGGUUGGGCAGCGCUCGUCGAAAUGACUGCAGAUUGUCAAGUCCUGCGCGACCUCACCGGUGCGACCGGCAUCAUGCUGGAUGUCAUCCAGUCUCAAGUCAAAGUUACGGCUUGUGCAGACUCGCUCGCAUCGAUGGGCGAUCUGGUGGCAGAUAUCGGAACAUCGCUCGCACGUGAAAAGCCUCCUGCAGUCAUCCCGGCCGCCAUGUCCAUGUCCCAAUCGAUUGAUGUCUUUGCAUCUGUCGACGAAGAAGCAUUCCAUCGCAUGCCUGACGUCGCAUACGGUGCUGACCUGAUAGAGGACGAUCUGCCUACCAAUCUGGAGUAUCUCGACGAGACGAGCCACCGACAGCCAAAGACCAAAAGAUCGCCGGAUGAAGAUUUGAUCGCAUCUGCUCUCGAAUCGUCGGUACUUGAGACAAACCGAGCACCUGUUAAUGGGGAGACCAUUCGAAUUCUCGUCGAUGACCCAUUCGAUCAGGAGCCUGAUUAUUGGAAUGAUCUCCCGGUCCUGUCAGGAGCCAGUGAGGAAGAUACCUAUACGGGCAAAUUUCGCGUACACGUACAGAAUGCCUCGGUAUCUGUACUGCUUCACGAUGGCUUCGACUGGCAAAAGACUCGCAAAACGAUUGAAGAUGAGAUCAAAGCGGUCAGAAGGAAAUUGGAGAAAAUCCGUCAAUUGCUGGCAUCUGGUCAAAAGGCCGACGAGCCUAUCGUCCAUGGGUCCCGUAGCGUCCUCUUCAACAGUAUCUAUAUCGGACUCGAUGAGCAAAAGGAAGACCUAGAUUCUGCGGCGCUGCUAGCGGCAAUCGAUGAAGAAUUAGACGGGCUUGGAACCGCCGAGACUGCCUCUCAAUCCUCAUGGCAGACUGAUUUUCCUCCGGCUGGACCGGCCAAGCGCGACAAGAGCCAUAGGACUCGACUUCGCGGUAAACGGUUAACGAGAUCGAAAAAGCCUCAGAUUGAGAUUGAUGUUCGUGGGAUCAAUCUCGAUUUGGACAUUUACGAUGAGGCUUCGAGCACUGCGUCCCGAGUCGACGUGACGGUAGCUUCGAUGGAGAUCUUAGAUCAUAUCAAGACGUCUACAUGGAAGAAAUUCUUGACGGAAAUGAAGUCGGAUUCGAGAGGCAAUAUGCGAGAGACGGGAGCAGAUAUGAUUCGGGUUGAGUUGGUCUCUGUUCGACCCCAUUCGGGAUCCAAGGCCGUCCAAAGUAGCAAGGCGGAAACGGAGGAGACGAGAUUGAAGGCCAAAAUCCUCCCACUGAGGCUGCAUGUGGAUCAAGACGCUCUCGACUUUUUCAAACGGUUUUUUAGCUUCUCCAUGUCCAAGACGCCAAAAGUGGCGCAGCCAGCAACGAGCCCAUUCUUCCAGCACGUGGAGAUAUUUGCGAUCGAGCUGAAACUCGAUUACAAGCCUAAACGGGUAGACCUGGCUGCUCUUCGAGAAGGCAAGACGAUUGAAUUGAUGAACUUUUUCCACUUUGACGGUGCGGAAAUGACGCUUCGCCACAUUACCCUGUCGGGAAUCACCGGAUGGGAUCGCCUGUCAACGACUCUGCAAGACAUUUGGACACCUGAUGUCAAGGCGAAUCAAUUAGCGGACGUCAUCUCUGGCGUGUCUCCCAUUCGAUCUCUGGUCAACGUUGGCUCUGGAGUGGCAGAUCUGAUUCUCUUACCUAUCGAACAAUACCGCAAGGACGGUCGUGUGACUCGUGGCGUCCAACGUGGAACCAGCUCAUUUGUCCGGUCUACAGCUAUGGAGAUGAUGAAGCUCGGCGCAAGAUUAGCCACGGGGACUCAGGUGGUGUUGGAGAAAGCUGAAGGUGUUCUCGGCGGCAAAGUGGAUCGACUCGAAGUGGUCGAUGGACUCGAGACAGGUCUACCUCUGCCUCUCGGAUCCGACAUCGACAGUGAUGACGAAACGUUGGUUGGUGACGAGAUGCGUCGACGCGUCAGUCGGUACGCCAACCAACCACUAGGAGCCAAAGAAGGUGUUCAAGCUGCGUACAAGAGUCUCAGUAAGAAUGUCAAUGCGGCUGCUCAGACCAUCUUGGCCGUUCCUAUGGAAGUGUAUGAGAGGUCAGGUCCAGGCGACCAGGGUCCGCUCAAGGCUGUCGUCAGGGCUGUACCUAUCGCCGUAUUGAAGCCCAUGAUUGGAGCUUCUGAAGCUGUCAGUAAGACUUUACUUGGCGUCAGGAACAGUCUGGAUCCUCAGUCGAAACGAGAUUUGGGAGACAAGUACAAAUGA